AUGAAAACUAAAAAGAAGAAAAAGCAAAACCACCUGAAAAACGGUAAUGCUUUGGGACCCACAAAGAAAAUUGUUGUAUUGGCUCUUGAUAAAGUGGGAGAUGAAACUCCAUUGACAAAGAAGAAAGUCAAUGAAAGUCGUGUUCUGAGGACAAUAUCUGAUGUGAUCAUAAAGUGGUGCCUUAUGGUGCUAUUUAAUUCACCUCCCAGGUUGUUAUACGUAAUGAGAUGUGAUUGCAUGGUGCAGUGGACAACAGCUAUAGUAAGUCUAAAUUAUGAAAAUAAUCUAGAUAAAAGUUUUGGGGGUGAAGUAGUGGCCAGAUGUUAUUACAAACUGGAAAAAGAUUCCUCAUUGUUCAAACAUAAGCUCAAACACAUUAGAGGAGGAAGGGGCCAUACAUUCCAAGAAUUUCCAUGGCAUCCACAUGUUCUAUCUCUUGGACUUUAUCACACCUGA